AUGGUCCAAGUACGACAACAAAUCGUAACUAAUACUAAUGGCGAUUCUAAACAUUGGAACAUUUUAAACGCCUCUAGGCGUUAUUCAUCUCCAAACGUCACCGUUUCGCAAGACGGUACCGGGAGUUUCAGGACAAUAAUGGAAGCAGUUUUGGCAGCACCAAAUUAUUGCCAAGAACGUUAUGUUAUAUUUGUUAAGAGAGGAGUUUAUAGAGAGUACGUGAAUGUGGAUGCACAGAAGUGGAACUUGGCGAUGAUCGGAGAAGGUAUGCACCUCACCGUUGUCUCCGGCAACCGGAGCUUCUCCGACGGCUGGGAUACGUAUCAUACUGCAACAUUUGCUGUGAACGGCCAAGGAUUCGUGGCAAUGAACAUGGGAUUCGAAAACACGGCCGGACCAAGCAAGUACCAAGCUGUUGCACUCCGGUCCAGCGCCGAUCGCUCUGCUUUCUACCGGUGCAAGAUAAGCGGCUACCAAGACUCUCUUUACGCCCACAACAACCGCCAAUUCUACAAAAAAUGUGAGAUCACGGGCACUGUGGACUCUGUCUUUGGCCGCGGAAAGGCCGUCUUCCAGAACUGCCUAAUUUUCGCAAGAAGAAACGACGUCGGGAAGAAGAAUGUCAUCACUGCCAAUGGUCGAAACUCCUCAGCCGACGUCUCUGGCUUCUCCUUCCAAUUUUGCCACAUUCUGGCACACGGAGAUUUGGCGCCUUCUUUGAACAUGCCUACUUACCUCGGUCGGCCGUGGGGGAUGUUCUCGCGCACAAUAUUUAUGAAAUCUUUCAUGAGCAAUGUUGUGGCACCUCAGGGCUGGCUUGAGUGGAAUGGGAGUUAUGGACUUGAUACUCUUUUUUAUGCAGAGUAUAGGAAUCAAGGACCUGGUUCAGUGCUUGGUGGGAGGGUCAAGUGGCCAGGUUUUCAUGUAAUCACCAACUCAUCAAUGGCUAAUGAGUUCACAGUGGCUCAGUUUAUUCAGGGACAUUUGUGGCUGCCAUCCACUGGGAUUCCAUAUAUUGGUGGUUUAGUAGGUUAAGGAACAAGAGGGUGGAAGAAAACAAUUUCUUCACUUGUUAUCAAUAACAUUAACAGAACUAUACAA